UCUCUCUCUCUCUCUCUCUCUCUCUCUCUCUAUAUAUAUAUAUAUCUAUAUAUAUAUAUAUCUAUAUAUAUAUAUAUCUUCUGUGUGUGUAUAUAUAUAUAAAAAUAGCAAGUGGCAGCGUUGAUUUCCAUGGCGACCAACAACGGUGAGAAGGGGACGAUCGUGAGCUUCGGCGAGAUGCUGAUCGACUUCGUACCGACGAAGUCCGGCGUAUCGCUGGCGGAGGCGCCGGGAUUCCUGAAGGCGCCGGGCGGUGCUCCCGCCAACGUGGCGAUCGCGGUGUCGAGGCUGGGCGGGAGGUCGGCAUUCGUCGGAAAGCUCGGGGACGACGAGUUCGGCCACAUGCUGGCCGGGAUCUUGAAGCAGAACGGCGUCUGCGUCGACGGGAUCCUCUUCGACAGCUGCGCCAGGACCGCCCUGGCCUUCGUCACGCUCAAGGCCGACGGCGACCGCGAGUUCAUGUUUUACCGGAACCCUAGCGCCGACAUGCUCUUGACUCCCGAGGAACUCAACCUUGACCUCAUUAGAUCUGCCAAGGUUUUCCAUUAUGGAUCAAUAAGCUUGAUCGUGGAGCCAUGCAGAUCAGCUCAUUUAAAGGCAAUAGAGGAGGCAAAACAAGCUGGUGUCCUGCUUUCUUACGACCCCAACCUUCGGAUACCACUAUGGCCAUCGCCGGAGGAAGCACGCAAGCAGAUUUUGAGCAUCUGGGACAAAGCAGAGAUCAUCAAGGUCAGCGAUAACGAGUUCGAAUUCCUCACAGGGAGUAACAAGAUAGACGAUGAAAUAGCAAUGUCCCUGUGGCACCACAACUUGAAGCUUCUCCUUGUGACUCUUGGCGGGGAGGGUUGCAAAUACUACACCAAGAACUUCCAUGGAGCUGUGGAUGCAUUCCAUGUCAACACAAUCGACACAACUGGUGCCGGCGAUGCAUUUAUCGGUUCUUUCCUCUCCAAGCUUGUCGACGACCCAUCCAUACUCGAUGAAGAAUCGAAGUUGAGGGAAGUUCUGAGAUUUGCAAAUGCGUGCGGAGCCAUCACAACCACCAAGAAGGGAGCCAUCCCAGCUCUCCCCACUGAGCCUGAAGUCGUCAGUCUUCUCAAGGGUGAAUAGAAGACUACACAUUCUUCAAUUGCCUUUUGUUUUGUUCCUUCACUUUCCUUUUUCUCUUCCCUCAGAUUUGCUCCUAUGUGAAACUUAACCAGAGUUAGCGUCUCUCAAUUUUUGAUUUGAUAUCUUCCUGGUUGUACUGCCACAAGACUUCGUGGUACUAAUAAAUUCUAUCUUGUUUUCCAA